AUGCUGCUAGACCACCGCAUCCUCAGGCUCCUGCCUUUCUCCGCCUGCCUCAUCACCCUCCUCCUCCUCGGCAUCACGCUCUACGGCCCGGACGUGCACACCAUCCACCUCGCAUCCCUCUUCUUCGUGCCCUCCUGGCUCAUCCCCUCCCCAGGAGAAAACGAACCCGCGCCCCUCGAUCCCUUGCCGGCAUCUGAUCCGCACCCCAUCAUCGCGUUGUUACGAAACGCAGAUCGGCAGUUCGAGGAUUUCCUCAGCAAGGAAACGUUUGAUCUGAGAGCAGCGGCGGAACGGUAUAGAGAGAAACGAGGCCGCCAUCCGCCGCCGGGCUUCGAUCGGUGGUGGGAGUACGCGAGGGCGAAUAAUGCGACGAUCGUGGAGGAGUUUUGGGAUCAGAUAUACCAUGAUCUGACGCCGUUAUGGGCGUUGGACCAGCGGGAGAUGCUGAAUGACGUGCGGGGACACAAUCGCGUUUUUAGGGUGAGGAAUGGGAAGGUGGAUAGUAUUGAGGGGGAUCAUUUUUGGAUGCCGAUUUGGGCGGAUUUGAUUAAUGAGGUGGCGGAGUGGUUGCCGGAUAUGGAUCUCGCGAUGAAUACGAUGGAUGAGCCGCGGUUGCUGGUGCCGUGGGAGGAUAUGAAGGGGUAUGUGGAGGUGGAGGGGCGGGGGAGGAGGUUGGUUGAUGUUAAGGAGGUGAAGAAUGGGGUUUCUGGUUUCACGGAAGCUGAGCCCGGUUUUGUGCCGGAGGAGUAUCCGUGGAAUGGUUCGCAACCUAUAUGGCCGCGUGCUGCUUCUGUUUGUCCUCCGGAUUCUGAGGCUCGGAAGGCUCCUUUACAAACAGAUUUCUCUCAACCUCCAAUUCUAAGCACGAAUUACACCCUCCCUCAUACGACCGCUGGUUAUGUCUCGAAUUAUACCCUCAGUACCUCUAUCUGCCAUCAACCAGACAUUCAAGGUCUACAUGGCUUCUUCAUAGAAGGAAUAUCUGCUUCCACCGGCCCAAAACUCUUCCCGUUAUUUGGCUCUUCGAAGAUUCUCCAGAAUAGCGAGAUCUUAUUACCAGCCGCCAUGUACUACAAAGGAGAUUCUCGCUUCACAAUCGAAGCCCCUACCAUUCCAUGGGCACAGAAAACCUCCUCUCUCGUAUGGCGCGGCCUAGCAUCAGGAGGAAGGAACAAAGAAGACAACUGGAAAGGAUUCCAUCGACACCGCUUAGUCUCAAUGUUAAACGGAACCCAAGCAAUCCUCAUGCCCAACUCCUCGAACUUCAUCGACAUCGAGUCCCUACCCCUAGAAGACUUCCACCUCGAAUCCUGGGAGAAGAGCUCCCUACCAAAGAACGAAGCAAUGGGCAAAUGGCUCAACUCCUUCGUCGACGUAGGAUUCAACGACCUCGCCUGCUUCCCGCGCGAAGCACAACCUCCAGACGGACUAACUUGUUUCUACAACGACUACCUCUUUACCCCCUCCUCGCACGUAAACCUCGAAGAGCAGCACCAACACAAAUAUCUCGUCGACGUAGACGGCAACUCCUUCUCCGGCCGCUACCGCGACUUCCUCCGCAGCGGCAGUCUACCGAUCAAAGCUACUUUGUUUAGAGAGUGGCACGAUAGUCGUUUAGUCGCCUGGAAACAUUUCGUGCCGAUGGAUAAUCGAUUCCUGGAUAUUUACGGUAUCAUGGAAUUCUUUCUCGGCUACGAAGAUCCUGUUUCAACCCCCCAAAAAGAAGAUGAAAAAUACGAAACUUUCGCAAAUCCUCAUGCCCCUCCCCCUCCUCCUCCACAAGAACCAACCCUCCCACCCAACACAGCCGAAUCCCGCCGUCACCUCCUAAACACCCGUGCCCCGCACGCCGAACACCUCAACGCAACAUACGCGCACAACCACGACCAGCUAGCCAAGAAAAUCGCGCUCGAGGGCCGCGAUUGGGCCGCGAGGGUGUUAAGGGUCGAGGAUAUGAGGGUUUAUACGUAUAGGUUGUUGCUUGAGUAUGCGAGGGUCAUGGAUCCGGAACGGGAGGUGUUGGGGUGGGUUGAGGAUUUGGGGGGUCGGUGGUGA